AUGUUGUGCAGUCUGAGCGGCCAAGUGCCCGUCGAGCCCGUCGUGUCGCUCAAGUCGGGCCACGUGUUCGAGAAGCGCCUGUUGCUCAAGUACCUCGAGCAGAACCAACGGCGCUGUCCCAUUACGAGCGAAGAGCUGGACGCCGAGCGGGAUCUGCUGGCGCUACAGACUGCCACACUAAAAACGUCGAGGACGACCCCUACCGCCGCCAUCUUAUCGCCCGAGGCCUCGAGUGUGCCCCAGUUAUUGACGACGUUCCAAAAUGAGUGGGACGCCGUGAUGCUCGAGACGUUCACACUCAAGCAACAUCUCGAGCAGACGCGGCAGGAACUGAGCCACGCGCUGUACCAACACGACGCGGCGUGUCGCGUGAUCGCCCGUCUGAACGCAGACACUGCGACACUCCGCCAGCAAGUGGCGCACUUGACCACCAGCCAGUCGCGAUCGAACGACGGCAACAUGGACGGGUCAAGUGCAACUUCAACCGCUGCUCGCGCCCACCCCAGUGCAACGCUUGCGCCCGACGUCUUGACGGCCAUUGAGGCAACGCAGAAACAGCUGGCGACGCGACGGAAAGCGUUCAAAAAGACAGACGGGCCGCAGCGCGCGUCGCUUCUCAGCGGACUCCCCAACUGGCGCCUCGCGUCGAGUCACACGUUGCACGACGCCGACAAGUCGGGCGUCACGUGCGUCGCCAUUGACCCCAAGCGCCCGACGCGCGUGGCGACCGGCGGCGUCGACAAGCGCGUGCAGCUGUUUGACACGCACGCGCAGCAGCUGCGCGCGACGUUAGCGGGUCACGGCAAAAAGGUGAGCGACGUGGCGUUCCACCCGACAGCUGAGCUCGUGGUCACGGCGUCGCACGACAAGACGCUGAAGCUCUGGACGGCCGCUGCGUCGGCGGACGAGGCCUACCGCGUGGGCCACACGCUCGACGGCUUUGACGACGCCGUCACGAGCGUGUCGGUCCACCCCACGGGCGACUACGUGCUCUCGGGCGCGCUCGACGCCACGUGGGCCAUCCACGACGUGCGUCAAGGCCACUUGCUCUCGCGCUACGCGCUCUCUGGCGCCCUCGCGCGGCCGGGGGCCACUGUGGCCAGCAAAGACGCGACGCGGUGCGCGCGCUUCCACCCGGACGGCGGCAUCUUUGGCACUGCAGCAGCGAGCAAAGUCGUGCAAAUGUGGGCCGUCAACACGCUGUCGAACGUCGUGACGCUGACGGGCCACGCGGCGCCCGUGGCGGCGCUGUGCUUCUCGGAGAACGGCUAUUACCUCGCGUCCGGCAGUGACGACGGCGUGGUCAAGUUCUGGGACCUGCGCAAAGCCACGAGCUUCUUGGAGCUCGACCUGAAGCAGAUGGGGCCGGAUACGCUCGAGCUCGGGUCUAUUCACGCCCUGAGCUUUGACGCCAGCGGCUCGCACCUUGCCGUGGCGAGCGCACAGACGGUGCAGGUGCUGAAGGAAGUGAGCAAGAACGGCUGGGAGGUGGUCAAGUCGUUCAGCGAGCACAAGGCUGCGGUCACGGGCGUGCAGUUUGCGCCGGACUCGACGUUCCUCGCAUCGACGUCCAUGGACCGCUCGCUCAAGCUGUACCGGUAA